CAAGCAAUAGAGUACCACAAGCAAUGUCUGAGCAUUGCAAUAGAAGUCGGCGACAGGGCCGGACAAGGAGGUGCCUAUGGCAAUCUUGGCAGUGCUUAUAAAUCCCUUGGCCAAUUCCAACAAGCAAUAGAGUACCACAAGCAAUGCCUGAGCAUUGCAAUAGAAGUCGGCGACAGGGCUGAAGAAGGAACGGCCUAUGGCGGGCUCGGCUUAGUUUAUUAUUUCCUUGGCGACCUUCCAAGAGCAAUAGAGCAUUAUGAGCAAAGUCUAAGCAUUGUUAAGGAAGUGGGCGACAGGUCCAGCGAGGGAUAUGCCUAUGGCAAUCUCGGCCUUGCUUACAUGUCCCUUAAACAAUUUCAACAAGCAAUCGAGUACCACAAGCAACAGCUCAAAAUUGCUAAGGAAGUGCCUGACAUGUUGCUAGAAGCAGUGUCCUAUGAACACUUGGGUACAAGUCUUAUGUUGUCAGGUUCUUUGGAUGAGGCUGUAGUUCAUUUCAAAUUCAGCGUAAAAACGUUCGAUACUAUUAGGGGUAGUUUCAUUUCGGAAGACGCAUGGAAAAUAAGUUUUCGUGAGCAUUACGUAUCUACCUAUCGUUGUUUAUGUCGAGUUCUUAUAGCGCUUCAAAAGACGGAUGAGGCUUUGUACGCGGCAGAACGGGGACGAGCAGGGGCUUUGCUAGAUGCCUUGAAAAUAAAGUACGGCUUUGCAUUCCUUUCGCCCAUUUCAAAUGAAACUGAGGAAGACUUCGCAUACAUUUCAAGGAACACAUCUGUUUUGACAACGUUCAUUGCAUUGGACAAUGGAACAAUAAGCUUUUGGGUACUGGGAAAGAAAACCAACGCUAUUUUUAGGCAAGCAGUAUCAAAAUGUGGAGGUUCACACAAAGAUCCCUUUGAUGCACUUUUGAAAGAUUCUUUGAAAAAAAUUGGGGCUGGCAGAGAUGUUAGAUGCGAGAAUCGGUCACUUGAUGUUUUAAGCGAUAAGUCAGCUUCCAGUACUAGUGGUGGUGAUAAAACAUCGAUUCCAUCACACGAGAAUAUCGACUGGUUACAGCCAUUGCAUGAUAUAGUUUUUGGUCCCAUUGAAGACUUACUUGAUGGCGAUGAACUGGUUGUAGUCCCUGAUGGUGCUUUGUGUUUAGCUCCUUGGACAGCCCUAAGUGAAACUUUAAGGAUCCGUAUUAUUCCCUCACUGACAAGUUUGAAAGUAAUAAGAGAUUCUUCAAGUGAAUACCACAGUAAAACUGGCGCCCUGCUUGUUGGAGAUCCAUGUUUGAGGAAAGUUACAAAUAGAAGGGAUAAACCAAUUUAUGAUCAGCUGAAGUUCGCAAAAAAAGAAGUGGAAAUGAUUGGAAAACUUCUUAACAGCCAACCACUCACAGGAGAAGCUGCAACCAAAGAAGAGGUGCUUCGGAGAAUAGAUUCAGUCGCUUUGAUUCACAUUGCAGCACACGGAGGAGAGGAAACUGGUGAAAUUGCUUUGGCUCCCAACCCCGGGUGGCAAUCCAAGACUCGUAUCCCUACGAAAGAGGACUACAUGUUGAAAAUGUCUGAUGUACAAGCCCUUAAACUGAGAGCAAGGCUAGUUGUGCUUAGUUGCUCCCAUAGUGGUCAAGGAGAGGUCUCGUCUGAGGGUGUGGUCGGUAUGGCAAGGGCUUUCUUGUUUGCUGGUGCUCGUUCUGUGCUGGCGUCACUCUGGGCACUUGGUGAUAAAGCCACAAUGGUGUUUAUGGAAUGUUUCUACCAACACCUGAGAGUUGGAGAAAGUGCUAGUACUGCUCUGCAGAAGGCCAUGAAAUGCCUUCGAGAUUCGGACGACUUUUCCGCUCCAUAUUACUGGGCUCCAUUUGUGCUGAUUGGCGAUGACGUCACGAUUGAAUUUGAUGUAAACCGUUGA